AAAUGCAGUUUAGCAUCUAACCAGAAGUGCAAUAAACAUUAAGUGCAAGUAGGAUAAAUAGUGUGGUGUAUAAGAGGUAUGGUAUAAAUUGUUUUUAUAGCAUGUGGACAGUAUGUACAGAUAUGUACAAGUGAGACCAUAAGUUUUGCUGUACAAAAUACAUAUAAAGUGAGCAGUAAGCAGUUGCUACCUAAUGCUACUAAUCUGUGAAGCACAUGACCGUGCCUUGUACUGUUGUAACCUGAAGCCCUUGUAAAGCAGAGGGUGUCAACUAUAUAGUCUAUGGUGUCAGCAAAUCAGGUGGCAUGCUGUAACUACUGCUGUGUGGAAAUUACACUACUUACCUUCUGUUUCUGAUGAGCCAGCAAAAAUAUCAACAAGACAGUUCCUCUUCAGCGCAGUUAAGGAAAGUCAGACGUAAGGCUGAGUUUUGAUGGUUUCGUCAUUUUUGCAGGUCUGACACACAGGAAUAUUUUUGCACUGAUCUGGUAUGGCAGUCCCCUUUGUUCCAGUCCCCUUUCCAGUGGACCGGUUUGAAAUCAAUAGACGGUCCCCCGUACUUACUAACUCCUCAUCCACAAAACGUGAGACCUCGCCCCCAAAAGGAAAUUCUUUGGUGAGAGGACAUGGACGCUGGAGUGGUGGAGCUGGAAGUCCUACUCUCGAUGAGAGCUGUAGUAGAGGAGGCCCAUUGGAAGGGUCACCCACACUCAGAGAGUGUGAGGGGAACUAUGUGGAGAACUGGGAGGAGAGGCCCAUCACUCCUGAACUGAUGGGCCAUGAGAUCCUGGAGGAGAGGGCAAAGUUCACAGUUUAUAAGAUCCUGGUUACUGGAAGUCAAGGAGACAGCUGGGUAAUCUUCAGAAGAUACACCGACUUCUGCAGCCUCAAUGACAAGCUUAAAGAUCUGUUUCCUGGAGUUCGCCUAGCACUGCCCCACAAGCGCUGGUUUAGAGACAACUAUGAUGAGGAGUUCCUAGAAGAGCGCCAGAUCGGACUGCAGAACUUUCUGCAGAACCUGACGUUACACAAAGAUGUCAUCCGAAGUAAAGCUGUGAGACGCUUUCUGCGCUUGGUCGACCGUCCGUGUCUGUUUGACAGUCUGGAGGAAAGUCGGGCGUUUUGCGAGACCCUGGAUGAAACCAACCACCGUCUUCAGAGGGAACUGUUGGAAAAACAAAGAGAGGCCGACACGUUGAAGAAGAUGGUGGAGGAGGCGGAGAACCGCUAUGACCUGCUGGUGAAGAAAGUCAAAUCCCUGGCACUUUAUUCGGAGAGGUGUGAGACAGCGGUGACGGACGCCAGGCACAGAGAAGGACGCACAGAUGUGAAUGGAUUUAAACAAGAACACACAAAUGGUGACAAAGCUGAAAGCAGAGGGUAUUCUGUCACAAAGGACAAAGUAAACAUCUCUGUAGCAGCUGAUGUCUCUGAAGCUGGUGUCUUAACCAUGUUCUUACCAGAGGACAACACGGGAACAGCUGAUUCACCUUGAAAUCAAAGGACAUAAGCUUUGGAUAAAGGAUACUAGAAGCAUUAUGGUGUUUCAUUAAAAGAUGUCAGUCAUGAGAACCUCAAAAUAUCCAACAUUGUCCCAGUAUAUUAUUUUUCCCUUGAGGCUUUGCAGAUGGUUAUUUUUGAGUGUUGCAGAGAAAUAAUUUAGAGGAGGUUUCUUUGUUCCUGUUUUUUUUAAAGUACCAUGAGCCUGCAAAAGGAAAAACCUGCAGCCAGAAGGUGGCACUGUAAUACAAUAACACUUCCUCAAAGAAAAGCAUCUGCAUGUGAUUGAAAAGGCCUCCAGUAACCUAAUGUCCUUGUUUUGCUCAAGGGCAUCUUUUUAAGAACUUGAGCGCACAGAAAGAGCAGAGGAGAGAUGCUUCCCUCCCUGGUAGUGAAUCACAGCUCAGCAUCAGUGAAAGGGCCACAGGUCUGUGUGUGUGAGAGGGAGCUUCAGACCCAUUUAAGUGAAACCUCGUUCAUGCCAGGUGCAUUAUCAGACUGAAAAGCCACUUUGGUUCACUUCACUAAUUUUUUUUUAAAUCACUGGCGUAAUUACAGAUGUGUGCACUGCUCCAUUGAAUUCAUUUGCACCAGCAAUGACAACACACAGUAUGAACAACUGAAUGAGAGCUGCACACUAGAAGAACACCCCAGGAGACGUCCACAUCAUAACAAAAACACAAAAACCAGUACAAAAAAAAAAAAAAAAGGAAUAAAGCUUUAACGAGUUGCAAAAAAAACUCAAGCAACUCCAUCUGCUUUCAUUUUUUACCUGUUUUAGAUAUUCCGCGAUCUGGAUGAUUGAGAAUCUUCUGAAGUAUGAUAAUCAGUGAAAAACCGACGUGAGGCUGAUGUGAUAAGUGGAUAAUCACUUUUUUACACUCUUUCGGGAGAGUAUUUCUUGAUUGCUGAAUGCAGAUGUUUUCCAGUGUAUGGUUUGGCUCUGCAGACAGCAGUGCUGAUAGGUUAACCAACACUUUGAUUUGAAACUACUGGAUGGAUUGUCAGAGCACUGAUCCCCACGUAUCCCACUGAAUUUUCCUCUAAUGCUAACAUUAACGUGAUACUUUUGGCUUUACGAGAGUGACUUUAAGGGCACACUGUAUGAUGUAUCCAUUAGACUUAUCUGCAACCUACCUCCCAGGGAUCAUGUGUAACUCAAUAUCCUGCACUCUUGUUUGUACCAUGUGUAUAUGCUUUAUCAAGAUCCAAUUUAUAUGCUUCCUCCUGCUGCUCCCCUCCCUCUUCUCACGCUCUUGUUUCUGUCCUGAGUUCUGCUCAAGGUUUCUUCCUGCCAUCUUAACGCUGGCUCAAAGGCUUUAUAAUUGGUAUCCGUCCCGGAAGGGUUUCUGUGUAAUUUGAGCUGCUUAUGUGAUCAUUAGUGUUAAUUUUGAUAACCUCCUCGGUUAAUUUGUCAAGCACUUGGUUUAUGAUGAAAUGUCUGCUGAUGAUGUAAUGUUAUGUAAUGACUUUAAGACCAGAAGUUUUUUUCUUUCUGAAAUCAUUCAUGAAACCAGCCAGAUGGUGAGUCAUUCAAGUACUUCACUACCAGCUGCCCAUUAGAGGUAUACUCAGCUUAAUCAAACAUCUGUAUUUCAUACCUGAUUAGACUUGUAAUAAAAGCCCACUGCAACCUCG